AUGGAGAAAAAUAAUUAUUGUGAUGAGAAUAUAGAUUUGAGUGAUACUGAAGAUGUGUUGGAUUUUCCAAUGUUAGAAGAUAUUGUGGAAGACAAUAUUGAUUAUAAUUCUGAAACUCCAAGUAGUGAUUCCGAAAUUAUACUACCAAAGAGACGACGAAUGGUAGUUAUUGAAAGUGAAAGCGAAGAAUCGCAGGAAGAAUUAGUUGAAUGGCGCGAUGUUACGGAAGAAUUAGGUAUUCCGGAUAGAAUAUAUUUUAAUGUAUCGCCAAAGGUCAUUGGACCACAAAUUACUGCAAGUGUUGUACAGCCGAUACAAUACUUUAAAUUAUUCUUCACAAAUGAACUGGCAAAGGAAAUUAUAAAAGAAACGAACAAGUACGCAGAAAAUGUUUUGAAGAAUAAAGAAAUAUCUCAUAAUUCUAUUUGGCAAACGUUGCGCGCGGUGGAAGAUGAAUUUUGGGCAUUUAUUGGAGUUAUCAUCAAUAUUGACUAUUUUGUACCUGGACAAAAUAUAUGCGUAGACGAAUCAGUUGUUAAAUUUAAAGGAAAGAUCAGUUUUAUCACCCACAAUCCCAAUAAGCCCACCAAGUGGGGCAUUCGAAUAUACGUUUUAGCAGACUCCGAAACUGGAUAUGUGUAUAUAGUAUUCUUCCAUACUAUGGAAAAUCACUCUGCAUCUCUACCAACAAUUAUUAGAGAUCAGGUACCUACCGCAAAAGGUUAUCAUAUGCAUACCGACAGGUAUUACACCAGUAUACCCUUGGCUCAAGAAUUGAGAAAAAUGAAAUGCCACUUGACCGGCACAAAACGUGAAAAUACGAUGAUCUUAGCUUGGAGGGAUAAAAGAAUAGUGACGUUAUUAAGUAACUGGCAUAAUGCUGGAAUGGUAGCAACUAAUAGAUUUAUUCGAGGUGGUACCAACGAAGAAAUUGAAAAGCCAAGUGUAGCAAUCGGAUAA